CCGAUGUUUUCCUAUACUCCAAAGGCUAUAAAUAGUCAUCAAUUUUUGCUGCCUUAUCUAGAAAACUCUAUCAUCUCUAGCAAUACUGGCAGCAACCAUUUGUGGGAAGAAGUUCUAAGCGGCCCUACAACUCCUUUCAUCUGCAUUCAGUUCAUCAAAAGACUCUCUUCUGCAAUGUGUGUGGGGACUUGUACUCGGAUCCUGGGUCCAUGCCUCCUUGUCUUAGGCUUUCUUUCCAUUACUGCUAAUAUUCUCCUACUCUUUCCCAAUUGGGAAUGGUGUUACUUAAGCCUGGGUCAAAUAUCCAACAGGGCAAUGCUAAUGCCAGGAGUGUGGGGAGGAGGCCUGCUGAUUUUUCCUGCUGCAAUUCAGAUCACAGGUAUUGGAUGGAGGUGGAAGUAUUUCAGCAGUUCAGGAACUUGCUGUAAGAUGUUCCUUUCCAUUCUGCUGUCAGGAUUGGCCCUCCUGGGAUCAGCAGCUUGUUUUAUUCUGUCUGGUUCAGGCCUGACAGAGGGGCCCCUAUGUCUCUAUAAUUCCACCCACAAUGAUGAUAAGAUGCAACAAUGGGGCUAUCCGUUUCUUGAAAUGGACUACCAUGUCUUCAACAAUGGGGCUCAGAAUUACCUGUAUGAUCCUUCCCUUUGGAAUUCAGUUUGCAUCAAGCCACAGAAUAUUGUUGGCUGGAAUGUGUAUUUCUUCUCUUCCCUCCUAGUCAUCAGCAUGGUUGAAAUGAUCCUGGCUGCUCUCCAAAUUAUCAAUGGCUGUUUUGGAUGUGUCUGUGGCUUAUGUGAACAGAAGAAAUAGGCAACAUGGUUUCGGAAGUGUUUUUAACCCUCAGUUCAUUUGUACAGAUCAGGUUACAAAGAUAUGUGCUAACUUGAUUUAUAGUUAUAUCUUAUGUCACUGCAGCCUGCAUAGCUGGUUCUUGCAUUGUCAUGUAAAAACAGAGUUGAAGUUGACCCAACAGUGACUCCCGCCCCCAUCGCCAACCCACCAGUGUAUCUUUGUCUCCCACAGAACUAAUCUGUAGCAGUCACUUUCAGGACAUAUACCCUGAAACUGCUGUCAUUAUAGACAUUCUCACAGCGUUAGAGAGCUAAGAAGUUGAUUUUGAUAAGUAAGUAAUAUUGUACUGUGGUGCAUAUUUAUACACAUAUUUAUUGUGUUUCUGUUUACAAGAAACACUUAACUGUUAUAUGUAAUUCUCUUGUUUAUGUGAGUGAAUGCAACAUAAGCCAGAAAGUACUGUAAUUUUUCUGAGAUAGAGGUACAGUAUAAACAGGCCUGAAUGGAAAAUGCUCGCUCAAAAUUAAAGUUAAGGCAGAUCCCCUGACUUUAGGGGUCUACUUCACAAGUCGUCCCCAACUUCUAGAAGACCAAAACCUGGGAAACGGCUUUGGCCUGAAGUUGAGGUUGAAAUAUCUGAAAGCUGCCAGGGAUGAGAAAUACUGGCCUACACUAUGUGGUCCUGGAUUUCAGGCACUCAGAGUCAUGUAUAUGAGGUGGGUGGCUGCAUAAAUCUAACAAUCUUUCCCCUAGACGAGUAGAUUGAGAAGAAUGUUAUUAUUUUCAAGAGAGAACACUACUUAGAGCUGCAUAACCUAUUUCUCUUCCUCCACGUUUUUCAAACUGCGUCAAAAGGCAAUUGUUCGCAUUAUGAUCAGACUUUGUUUUUAUUGAUUGUCUCCAUUAAUAGCUGGUCUUAUUAAUGGAAACUGCUGAAACCUAUGUGC